CCCACAGACAUGCGGAAAGACGAGAGAACAUCGUCGCAAAACAAAAUAAACCCCCUCUCUCUCUCCCCACCCACACGGUGUUGAGCUGGUUCGCAGUCCUCCGUCCCCUUGCUUCAGCUCAGCGGCAUCAGCAGCUUCCCCCCUCUAUCCCUCCCCUCCUCUUCUUCAUAAGCUCACUCACAAACGGAAGUGGAGCGGAGCCAGCAGUUGAAGUGCAGAGGUAGCAAGCAUUGGGAUUUCGUGUGAAGGGGAUAGUUGGGUGCGCCAAAGGAAAAAGGAGACCCAGGAUUAGCGUGUGGCGGAUUGGGUGGCUAUUUUGGGAGCGGGGGAGGACGAGAGGCGUGGCCUUGGCCGGGGGAGGCGGCGGCUUCUUGGACCGGCCAUUGAUGGCGCCGUGGAGCGGCUUGUGGGGCGGCAAGGCCGGCGGCGACGCCUACCGGGGCACGCCGGUGGUGGUCAAGAUGGAGAACCCCAACUGGUCCAUCUCCGAGAUCUCCUCGCCGGAGGAUGACGACGAGGACAUCUUGGCCACCGGCGGCCGCCGCAAGGGGGGCCGCUCCAAGAACGCCAAGCAGAUCAGGUGGGUGCUGCUGCUCAAGGCGCACCGCGCCGCCGGCUGCCUCGCCUCGCUCGCCUCCGCCGCCGUCUCGCUCGGCGGCGCCGCCAGGCGAAGGGUCGCCGCGGGGAGGACCGACGCUGAGGCCGGCGUGGUGGCCGCCACGGGCGAGAGCCCCGUUGUGCGCUCCAGAUUCUACGCCUUCAUCAAGGCCUUCCUCGUCGUCUCCCUGCUGCUCCUCGCCGUUGAGGUCGGCGCUUACCUCAACGGCUGGGACCUUGGCGACUCCGCGCUCGCCCUCCCCGUCAUCGGCCUCGAGUCGCUGUACGCCUCUUGGUUGCGCUUCCGCGCGGCCUACGUUGCGCCGGGGAUACAGUUCCUCACCGACGCCUGCGUCGUGCUCUUCCUCAUCCAGAGCGCCGACCGCCUCAUCCAGUGCCUUGGCUGCUUCUACAUCCACCUCAAGCGCAUCAAGCCCAAGCCCAAGUCCCCUGCAUUGCCGGAUGCGGAGGACCCUGAUGCUGGGUACUACCCCAUGGUACUUGUGCAGAUACCAAUGUGCAACGAGAAGGAGGUGUAUCAGCAAUCAAUUGCGGCCGUGUGCAACCUUGACUGGCCAAAAUCCAACUUCUUGGUUCAGGUGUUGGAUGACUCUGACGACCCGCUAACCCAGACUCUGAUCAGAGAGGAGGUGGCCAAGUGGCAACAGCAAGGUGCCCGGAUUGUGUACCGGCACCGAGUGUUGAGGGAUGGUUACAAGGCUGGAAACCUCAAGUCAGCCAUGAGCUGCAGCUACGUGAAGGAUUACGAGUUUGUUGCUAUCUUUGAUGCAGACUUCCAGCCAAAUCCAGACUUCCUGAAGCGCACCGUUCCACAUUUCAAGGAUAACGAUGAACUUGGGCUAGUCCAAGCAAGAUGGUCCUUUGUGAAUAGGGAUGAGAAUCUGUUGACUCGAUUGCAAUAUAUUAAUCUCUGCUUCCACUUUGAGGUGGAACAGCAGGUAAAUGGGGUGUUCUUAAACUUCUUUGGGUUCAACGGCACUGCUGGGGUUUGGAGAAUCAAGGCAUUGGAGGACUCUGGUGGAUGGAUGGAACGGACAACAGUGGAGGAUAUGGACAUCGCUGUUAGGGCACACCUACAUGGCUGGAAGUUUAUAUUCCUGAAUGAUGUUGAGUGUCAGUGCGAAUUGCCUGAGUCUUAUGAGGCUUACAGGAAGCAGCAGCAUCGGUGGCAUUCUGGUCCAAUGCAGCUAUUCAGGCUCUGUUUACCGGACAUCAUCAAAUGCAAGAUUGCGUUUUGGAAGAAAGCCAACCUAAUCUUUCUGUUUUUCCUGCUACGGAAGCUCAUAUUACCUUUCUACUCCUUCACGCUCUUCUGCAUCAUCCUCCCGAUGACAAUGUUUGUGCCUGAAGCUGAGCUUCCUGAUUGGGUUGUGUGCUACAUUCCGGCCCUGAUGUCCUUGCUCAACAUCCUCCCUUCUCCAAAGUCAUUCCCUUUCAUCAUCCCAUACCUGCUCUUCGAGAACACCAUGUCGGUGACAAAGUUCAACGCGAUGAUCUCUGGCCUGUUCCAGCUUGGAAGCGCGUACGAGUGGGUGGUGACCAAGAAAUCAGGCCGCUCAUCGGAGGGCGAUCUCAUUUCCCUGGCACCACCCAAGGAGCUGAGACACCAAAAGACGGGCUCGGCGCCUAACCUCGACACGGUUGCAAAGGAGCAGCUUGCUUCGAAGGACGCGAAGAAGAAGCACAACCGGAUAUACAAGAAGGAGCUGGCGCUCUCGAUGCUCCUGCUAACGGCCGCGGCCCGGAGCUUGCUGUCGAAGCAGGGUAUACACUUCUACUUCCUCCUGUUCCAGGGCAUCUCCUUCUUGUUAGUAGGCCUUGACCUCAUAGGCGAGCAGGUCGAGUAAACCGUGUAAACAGCAAUUGAUAGAUGUGAAAAGCAGUGGGGAUUGCUGCAAGGGAUGUGUGUGUUAUUGUCAUGGCCGCAGCCCCUGGCUGAGACUCGAGACAUGCGUUGUGUGUGCAGUUGUGCCUUCCUGGAUUCUGUCCUGACUGCACGCACGGCAUGAUCCACAGGAUCCUCUCCUCUCCCACUUGUGAACAGGAGAACCUCCUCCCUCGGAUCGGAGGUGUACAUAGAGUCUCCCCGGCCUGUAAAUCUGCGUCGUGGCUCCUCCAGCACCCCCUCCAUUCUUUUGUAACAGAUUUUGGUGUUCUUGUGUGGGAUCUACCGAGGAUGUAAAACGAGACACCCUGUUGGGCUGUACGAUUGAUGAAGGAACACAGAAAUGCCA